GUUACUUCAACAUGUUCGUGUGUAUCAUUUUGAUUGCCUAUGCUGUGGUAGCCGACGCUACCGUAAAUGACCCAUGUAAAACGGGAACCGACUGCGCCAAAGACGAGUGUUGUGUGGUUGUCAUACCUCGAAAAGGAAAACGUUUUAGCCUGACUCCCACCUGUCAGAAACUGGGCACGGAAAACGUAAACACCGACUGUUAUGUUAAAAGCCACAUGUCUCCAACUAUGACGCAGUACAUAGAUAAAUGUCCGUGUACUCCGGGCCAUGAAUGUGUUUCAACUGGAAUCAUUGAAGUGCCACAAGGAGAACAUGGUAAAUGUACGCGUCAGAUGGUCUGGGGAAAGCGACAAGACAAGCAUCCAUGUCAUACUGGUGCUGACUGUGCUGAUGACGAGUGCUGCGUUUCUAACGUGAGACUUAUUGGCAAAAGAAGUUUAUUCAAUUCGGGGCACUGUGAAAAAAUGGGAACAAGACAUUCCCAAUGUCUUGUGAGGUAUGCUAGUCAUUCUGGCAAGCCAGAUCAACAGGUGUUUCAGUGCCCAUGUUCCGUCGGACUAAAGUGUGUCGGAAUUCAUCAGUUCGACAUCCCUCUUGGAGAAAUAGGUCAAUGUCAGUAAACUACUAUUGACAAUGCAAGAGCCAAAUAGGAGCUGUUAUAUAUAUACUGAUGAAAAAAAAUAAGGGAACACAUUUUAUUUGAGACCAACUUUAUAUCACUACAAGAGUAGUUAGGUCUGUAUAAAAUACAUAGAUGUAGUGUGGGACUGAAUCGCACUACUGUGGGAUUGUCUGCCCAUUCACAUUGUUAACUUCCUGAUACUGUCGAUAGGAGUUUCAGCUGCAGUGAAUAUUUGCUUUUACUACAUAUGUGUUUUCUUUUUUGUUUUUCCCCAUCAGUAUAUCUUACUAAAAUAUUAAUAAAUUAUAUGUUUAUUAAACAUCA